GCAUCCCCAUGUGAUAGAAUGGACUCAAAUAUGGCAAACUUUUUCAACCAAGUUCCAAAGAUUCUUCCUCUUCCAAGAUAGUAGGGAAUCUAUCUCAUGGAUAUUCAUUCCCUAGCUUCUUCACCUUCCUUCACUAAUGGAAAGAUCACAAGAAUUUAUGAAUCAAGAUCACAUUGUCAAUGGGCAAAAUUAUCAUUAUGGCAUCAAGAAAAGAAGACAAUUGUCUUGAAAUACAGAAUUUUCGAUUAUCAGCAAAGGCAACGUAGACGAGAAUGGGCACCAAAUUCAUGGAAAAUUUCAGCAAUAAAGGAGGGAAAGAAUGUUCUGAAGUGACUCAGAGAAUUUACAAGAAAAAAGGCACAGUAGCUGGUGCUGUUGCUCUAAUCAUUGGAACAAGUAUUGGUUCUGGGAUUCUUGCUCUUCCCCAAAAAACUUCUCCUGCGGGAAUAAUCCCAAGUUCAAUAGCUAUGACAAUGUGUUGGGCAUUUCUACUAAUUGAAGCACUUGUGCUAGUUGAAAUCAAUGUGGGGUUACUCAAAAAGAACAAAGUGAAAUUUGAAGACGGUGAACUAGAGAUCAUUUCGAUUAGAACAAUGGCUGAAGAAACACUAGGAGAAUGGGGUGGAGCCUUGGCUACAAUAACCUACGUCUUCUUAGGAUACACUUCAAUGAUUGCUUACAUUUCCAAGUCCGGUGAAAUCCUCUGCCAUUUGAUCAAUCUACCGGAAUCAGUUUUGGGCUUUUUCUUCACUUCCCUCUUCACAAUUCUCAUAUCUGUAGGUGGGACAAAAGCCACUGAUCAAGUCAAUCAGUGGCUCACUGCUCUUAUGAUAGGACUGCUUGUGGCAAUUGAGGUUCUAACCAUUCUAUAUGGAGGGUGGUCAGGAGACGAAGUAAGCAGUGAUUGGGGAAAAGUUCCAUCAACCAUACCAGUAUUAAUAUUCUCUUUAGUCUACCAUGAUCUAGCUCCUGUUCUGUGUGCUUACCUGGAAGGUGAUCUGAAACGAAUAAGAGCUUCUGUGUUGAUUGGUGGUCUGGUUCCCCUCCUAGCGUUGCUUGUUUGGGAUGCAAUUGCCUUUGGCCUUUCAUCCCAGGUUGAUCAAGUUGUUGACCCUGUUGAAUUGCUCCUCAGGGUCAAAUGGAGUGGAGUUUCAUAUAUGGUACAGGCAUUCUCUCUUCUAGCUGUGGGGACAUCUCUAAUUGGUACUCUUCUAAGUUUCUCUGAGUUUCUCAAAGAGCAACUCAAUAACCUUAACCUGCAAUCGCGUGUAUCCACAAGAUUAGAUUUACAGAGAUCAACUUCUCAAAUCCGUCUAAGAAAAUGGUGGAUAAGAAACAAUUUAGGCUUCACAGCAACAGCAAUUGCCAUUGCUCCCCCUCUACUUUUGUCAACAGCAAUUCCAGAUGCAUUUUCUGCUGCUACAGAUAUAGCAGGCGGUUACUGCAUGACAAUGCUAUAUGGCAUUCUACCACCAGCAAUGGCGUGGGCUAUGCAUAAUAGCAAAGGAAAGGACAGUGAACCAAAAAUAUCAAUAGCAAGACCUGCCCUUGUCACUGUAGGAAUAGUUGCGUGUGGUAUAGUUGCAGUACAAAUUCUUCAAGACCUCUCUAUGUUGCAUUCUUGAAGUGUAUCAGUCUGAUGCUAGACAUUGUACAUAUGUAUUACAGAAUAAAAAAUCUUCUCAAGAUCAUGGUAAGAAAAAGCAUAUUGAAACUGCAAAUUUAUCAACAGAAAGAAAGUCACACUCCUGUUUACAGCUGCAUCACUUCAUAUAACACAAUACAUGCAGAGACAAGUUCAUUACAUAACUCCCCGGAAUCUAGAUACAUAUAAGAAACUGACAUGCUGCCUAGACGCUGAACCUUGGUUUCUGAUCUUUCGUUUACAAAA